AACUCACUCUCUACUGCCACCAGCCUCUGGUGGUCGCUGGAGGCACUGCAGCCCUUCUGCUUCAGUUUUAGAGCCGCACUGGACCUAAAAUAUCUGACCUCUGGUGAACACUGCGUUCUUUUUCCACCCUCCACCCCCCGGGCUGGGCUCUUUCCAGGACACUGCAUCCAGGCUUCCCACCGCCCGUCCGCACCGAACCCCCGACCCCCCAGAGGAUAACACAAACCCGACGGGUCUGUCAUGACCCACAACCACAAGAACACACGGAUGUCAGUUGUACGGAUGUACCCGGAAGUGAGCCCCUCCCGCCUCUGACCUGGAACGAUCCAACUUCAGAAGUUCUGUUUCAAUAAUUCAUAUCAUCCGGGGACAUUUACAGGUCAUGGAGAGGUUUCCACGAAUGGACGACAUCAUGCGCCUCUGCUGUGAGAUAUCGGCCCACGAUAAGAUCAAGGUGGCGGUCAAAAGCUCCGCCAAAGGAGCGGCGGUGGCGGGAGGCACGGCGUUUGUGGGGGGCCUCGUCGGUGGUCCCGUAGGAAUUGCUGUGGGCGGCGCCGUGGGCGGUCUCCUGGGCAGCUGGAUGACCAGCGGGCAGUUCCAGCCUCUGCCUCAGAUUCUGAUGGAGCUGCCUAAGACCCAGAAGGAGAAGCUCUGUGAGGACAUCAUGGGGGUGUUGGGCCGGCUGGACUGGAUGAACGCCACGCAGCUCAUCGCCCUGGUGAUGGCCAACGCCACCCUCAAGGAGCAGGUCGCCGCCACGCUGAUCAGCUACGUCACCAAACAGCUGCGGGCAGAGGUGCGUUUUCAAGACUGAAACCCGGGCGGAGUCGUCUCCGCCUCCUGUGGCGUGGGUUUCAGAACCCGUUUAGACGUUUGUUCUUUCCACUACAUGAAGACACGAUGACCUCUGAACGUUUCACCUUCUGGAGAAGUGGACGUUUGAAAGACUUCAAUCAGUUUCAGAUCAGGAAUGUACCACAAGCAGCCACCAGGGGGCGGAAGAGUCCAUCUGGCUGCUGCCAAAAGAGGAAAACAGAAAAGAGCCAAAGUUUGUCUGAAAGUUAAACUCUCACAUUGUUCACCCGAAAUCACAGACGUUACAGCUGACUCAGCAUUUCAAAAACCAGAAUCUUUGACUUUAAAUCAGGAAAGAAAAGAUUGAUGCUGUCCACACUGUUCCCAUGGCAACAGUGAAAACUCUACACCAGUAGACGUCCUGAGGCUCCGGAGCCACUUCUGCUUCUUCAUUGUGGCUCUUUGGGUGCGAAGAACAACAUCCGGAGUAAGCCGUUGGUUUUUAGUUCAGAUUCAGUCAUUUAGGUCAGAAAACCUCCAGAGGGAUUUAAGUCUGUGUGUGUGUGUGUGUUGACAAUCAUUGUAUUCAAUCAGAUUCUGUGCAAAUGUUGUGAUGUUUACAACAGACGGUGAAAGAAGAAAAUAAAUAAAAGUCUUUUUUAUAACAAGUUUUAAAUUCCA